AUGCGGCUGCCUGAGCAACCUGGAGAGGGGAAGCCUGAGAAUGAGGAAAAGGGGGGCAGAGGAGCCCCCGGAGGGGGAGAGGAGCCACCGAGGAGCCAGGCCCCCGACUUCCCCACUUGGGAAAAGAUGCCUUUCCACCACGUGACCGCCGGCUUGCUGUACAAGGGGAAUUACCUCAACCGCUCUCUCUCCGCUGGCAGCGACAGCGAGCAGCUCGCAAACAUCUCCGUGGAGGAGCUGGACGAGAUCCGAGAGGCCUUUCGGGUUCUGGACCGCGACGGGAACGGCUUCAUCUCCAAGCAGGAGCUGGGCAUGGCCAUGCGCUCGCUGGGGUACAUGCCGAGCGAGGUGGAGCUGGCCAUCAUCAUGCAGCGCCUGGACAUGGACGGGGAUGGCCAGGUGGACUUUGAUGAAUUCAUGACAAUUCUUGGCCCCAAACUGGUGUCUUCAGAAGGUCGCGAUGGUUUUCUUGGAAACACAAUAGAUAGCAUAUUCUGGCAGUUCGACAUGCAGAGGGUAACGCUGGAGGAGCUGAAGCUCAUCCUCUACCACGCCUUCCGGGACCACCUGACCAUGAAGGACAUCGAGAACAUCAUCACCAACGAGGAGGAGAGCCUGCAGGAGACGUCGGAGAGCUGCCAGGCGGAGUUCGAGGGAGUGCACUCCCAGAAGCAGAACAGGCAGACGUGCGUCCGCAAGAGCCUCAUCUGCGCCUUCGCCAUGGCCUUCAUCAUCAGCGUCAUGCUGAUCGCCGCCAACCAGAUCCUGCGCAGCGGCAUGGAGUAG